UUUUUUUAACGGACCCGUUAGUCUCACGUGGUGCUCGGUUCCCGUCAAGUGUGACCACAGAGAUAUCUGAAAGAUUGAGAUGGCUACAGCUCCUCCACCACCACCACCGCCAUUGACUCCACCUUCAUCCUUUGGAAUCCAGCCGGAAAAAAACAUUCCUCAACCAUGCCAUGCGGCAAUACCAAUUACCUCCAAUAACAGCCACCCAAACCCAGAGACAAUUCCACCAGGCUUGGACACUCAGGGUGUAGUUCCUCCGCCGCCAUACUCUGUGCAAAGUGGACCCCAGUCUCCACCGUCACAAGGACAGGAAGAUGAUCUUUCUGACAGUGACGACAAAUACCAUCCAGUCCAGGAAACUGAUCCUGCACCACAGGCACUUGCAAGCCAGCAUUGUCCAGCCUUCUGCAGAGGACUGGGUACAGGGGGAAGAACACCAUGAGGCCUAAAGCACUGCUCUGAAACACUGGUGUAGUCAAGAGAGGAUGUUGCUUCGGGUUCAGGCCAAAAUUGUUUAAAAAUCUUAUUCCAGCCUUCAAUUAUCAUCAUCAUCAUCAUUGAUGGUGUAUUGCUCUGCUAGUUUCUAUUAUACAAACACCAACCAUAUCCCAUGUAUAGCUUUUCCAUACUUUGACUAGCACAAGCUCAGAUGCCAUGAGUUUAAAAAUAUUUAUUUUAGUGGCAAAAAGAAUAUUUUGUAAAACUGAUUGUAAAUAACCCAAAAUGAUAUAUUACAAACUAUAUGGAUUGGAUAAAUCAAUUGUAGUAUUUGUUAUAACUAGGUAGGGAAACUUUUUGCACAUAAAGGUGAAGCACUUCUCUGCCUGUGAGAUGUUUAUAAUGUCAAAAUAUAACCCAGAUGAUGUAGUCUGUCAUUUGGGGUUUGGAGAAACAAAAAUGUCUUUAAUCUGCAUUACAAACAGGUGAUGUGGACUUUGAAAGACAUAUGACAGUCAGUUAAUGUGCUAUUUGUUUAAUUAAGGGAGUUGUAGUUUUUGGAGCUUAGCCAACAAUGAACUAAAAGGAUAUUUUUUUCUUGAAGCAAUUAUUUUUUGUUGUUGUCCCUUUUUUAAAAAUAUUUUAAAUUAAACUCACCCUUGGUUUGAACACACAUUAGUUCUUUGCUUCAGUGCCUCGAGGAAAACAGCAUGAAGAGCUAACAUAUCUUUGGAGAAGAAGGUCUGAAAAUACUUGUUUUUAAAUGUCUUAAAACCACAGUCUGUUGGAUAUUAACAUUUGUGUCUAGUAUAAAGAAAACAUGAACAAAAACCUCCAGCUCAAUCAAUUUGAAAUAAAGUACAUUAAAUGUCGAGUCUCGGCUUUAAUUAGAGUAGGUUUACAUCAAUAUAGAAAGAAGUAACAAGAUACACAUUCUUGACUUGACUUUUCCACAUGUAGAACUGCUUUCUAAAAAGUAGAGAACCAACUAACUUUGAUCUUGCUUAUAGAUUUUCUCUCUUUUCUCUCAGCCUCAUUAUCUUUGUCGCUUGCAUGGUCACCUCUUUACUCUUCAAGUCCACCUCAGUUUCAGUGGUAACUCUAAGCUACAAAUACAUUUUUUUAGAGCAUGUACUAACAUUAAACAAUGACACAAAGCUGCCAAAUGCCCAAUUCAUUUUAACUCAACUCCUGUGUUAAAAGUGCAAUAUCUCCUCCACAGUGCUGUCAGUAAGAAUGUAAACUUACUAAAAUUAAAGCUGAGA